GAAUUUUUCAAGAUCUGUCAAACUGGAAACGGGUUAUAAUAAUAGCAGUUUUAAUAAUUUAUUUUCACAAGUAUUUCAGAUAAUUAUAACAUAAAAACCUCUUAUCUAUCAAGUUUUAAAUAAUAUUAAAUAAAAUGCUUCGAAAUGUGUUAUGUACAGUACCACGGAAACAUUUACAGGUUAUAACAGUCAGAUAUAAGCAGAAAAAAUUCCCGAAAGUGGACAAAAAGUUCCAAGCAGCUGCGGAAUCAUUAGCAGCCAGAGGUUUCCUGAGACCAACAAAACCAUGGGAUCCGCCAGCAAACAUAGAAGAGACAAUCUCAAACAUCUGUUCAUCCAAGGGUCUAAACAAUGAUGCUGAGUUUGAUGCCCUAGAAACUAAGUUUGCGGUACUCAAGGCUUGUUACGAGGAGACCGGAUAUGAUGUGCCGAAUUCCUUACUGCAUACCAUUGAGAGUGUUGCUGAUCUAAAACAAUUUUACAAAACUCCUGUGGAUACUGCAACACCGUUUGAAGCUCUGAAGAGAAUGGAACUGCCCAAAAACUUGCAUGUACAGCCAGACUAUGUCAGAUUCCAUCCAGAUAAAGAUACUAUGUUUGGUGGUGUGUCUGCAUUCCCCAAGAGUUCCACCAUUGUAUCUGGUUUGAAGUCGAGGAAGAAGUACGAAGGCUACUCCGCCAAGCGAUCAUGGCCCUGAUGUAUUUAUGUAGUUUAAAAUAUAUGUUGUAUAGUUUUAGUUGAUAAAUAAAGGUGUUAAACUUA